UAGCUGGUAGUGUUUCGCGACGCUUCAGUCCGUUGGAGCGCAAAUAAUACCGUUAACGCCCAUUAUAAAGGAUACGCGCGCCGGCGACAAAAUCAACAAUUCUAUCAUUGGAUAUGUGUGUGUAUAUAAUAUAAAAGAUUGAAUUCAGUGAUCUAUUGCCAGUGACUGUCCAAUGUGAUAAGGACCUUUUUAAUAUGUAGUGAAAUCGAAGUCUUCGAAAAAACAAUUUAUAUUAUUAACAGUUUGUAAUUAAGAAAAUAUCAAGAGAACAAGGCAUGAAGGUAGCAUUAGCAUUAUUGUGCCUUUGUAGCACAGUGUGGGCUAGUACGAAACCAAUUGCGAUUCCAGAUUGUAUACUCGCUGCAUCGGACGGUUAUGCUUAUCCACCACCAAAAGUCCAGCUUUCAGUGACUCCUGCCAGAGCUAAAUAUAAAUUAUCAAGUCAAUCAGAUGGCGGAUAUCUAAAUGUUGAUACGGUAAAAUCUUCCGAAUCAUAUUACGAGAGUGGAGCUGGUGAAAAACUGCUACAAAUAUCCACAAAUGCAGCAAUAAAAGAGGGAGGUAUUACAUAUGCAGACCAACCGCUCAAAACGCCGGGUAUUUUACAACCCGAAAUUGCUAUUUCAAAAACCGUUCUUCUACCGCCCAAGGUGGAAACGAUCUCUAAUGCUUAUUUACCGCCAGCCGCUAAUGUCGUGCCAAAACUUGCACUUACUUCACCGGGACUAUCAAAAUCUUAUCCCCCAUUACCCAAUAUACAAUUACAAAGUUUGUCUACGCCAACUAUUUCAAAGAGUGCUGCAUAUGAGUCAUCUGGUUAUUCUUACUAUCAGUCCAGCCCAACAAUUUCGAAAACCACUGCGUAUGUUAAUCCACUACAGGUUGGGCCUAUAAGAUCAUAUGCACCUACAAUAUCCUAUAGCGCUCCAUACACACAAAAGUUAGGAAAUGCGUUAGCCUCGAUAUCAUUAACGAAUUUGGAAGGUAACUUGUUGGCCGAAAAAACAUCCACUCCACUUGGCUCCUACUCGUACGCGCCGAAGCUUGCAAGCACAUAUAUUUCAACCGCACCGUCUUCAGCAGGAUAUCAAUCCCAAUAUCUAACGUCUUCCCAAGAUUUAUCGAAAUAUAGCACAAGUGGUGGGAUUUCUCACCAAUAUGUUUCGAAACCUAUUCAACAAAUUAGCGUCGGCCUUCCGGCUCUACCCAAAAUCUCUACAGUUGUAGCACCAGCAGUAUCUAAAGUGCAAUCUUAUGUCGCACCAGCAGUUCUCUCUAGCGCCGGUGUCUCAAAGUACGGAACAAGUGGUGCCUAUUCGCAUCAACAGAUCUCACAGCCAGUGCAAUCUACAUCCUAUGUAUCAGGAAUAGGAGCAGCAGCCAUUGCACAAUAUCCCACCGCUGGUGCUUCUCUAAGCCUUGGCAGUAGUGCUGUUUCACAACCUCUACAAUCUGUCGGUUAUAUUAGUCCUGGUGUACAAAAGGUGGCCACUAUAGCAACACCAUUAGUAGCGCCAGCAGUAACUCCGAUAGGUUACGCAACCCCAUCCAUUUCAUCCAUUCAUUCAGGAUCUCAAUCUGUAAAGUAUGCAAGUGGUGGCGCAGUUUCACACCAAUAUGUUUCAAAACCGUUACAAACAGUAAGCUACCAGGCCGCACCUAUAGCCAAAGUGCCGACUGUUGCUAUUCCAGCUCUAUCAAAAGUCGAAGCUUACGCUGCACCCACAGUAACUCAAUAUUCUUCUGGAAUUGGAAUUUCUAAACUUGGCGGUUAUGGAGCCUCUACUAUUACACAAUAUACUUCAGGUCAUGGAAUUUCUAGCGGUGCAAUUUCCCAUCAGCAAGUUUCUAAACCUCUACAGCCACUUACUUACUCAGCUCCGGCGAUCUCAAAAGUUGCCGUGGUGGCACCAGUCGUUACACCGGCAGUUACACAAUACUCAACAGGCUCCGGUUUAUCAUCUAUACAUUCAGGAUCACAAUCUGUAAAAUAUUCCGGUGGUGGCGCAGUUUCGCAUCAGUAUGUCUCGAAACCAGUACAGACUGUGAGCUAUGCUGCUGCACCAAUUGCUAAAAUCCCAACUGCUAGCAUUCCGGUUCUAAGUAAAGUUGAAACUUAUGCCUCGCCCUCUAUUACUCAGUAUACGUCUGGCUUGGGAGUUUCAAAAUAUGGCAGCAUUGCAGCACCCACCAUUUCUCAGAUUUCUUCAGGUCACGGACUUUCCAGUGGCGCCAUCUCUCAUCAACAAGUCAUUAGACCGGUGCAAACAGUAACUUACACCGCACCUGCAGCACCCAAAGUUGCUGUCAUUAAACCAAUUUUACAACCAGCACUAACUUCUAUUCCUACGGGUGUUCAAUCUGUCAAGUAUGAAAACAGUGGUGCGGUUUCGCACCAAUACGUUUCGAAGCCAUUAAAUACUGUAAAUUACGUCGCAAGGCAAGUAGCUAAAGUGGCACCGGUAGCGGUUCCGGCUAUUGCCGUCCCCUCUCUCACCCAAUAUUCAUCUAGUCAAGGCUUAUCGAAAUCUAUAAACUAUGCAACUCCAGCUGUAACAUCUAUUAGUGGCGGCAGUUAUGCUUCUUACGGUUCGUCCGGUGCUAUAUCGCACCAGCAAGUUUCCAAGCCUGUACAAUCAGUUACUUAUUCAGCUCCUUCAAUAACUAAGAUCUCUGCAGCGGCACCAGUUGUAGCACCUGUCUUAACACAAUAUGCUUCGGGCUCUGGAUUAACUUCAUUACAUACAGGUUCACAAUCGGUCAAAUACGAAAGUGGUGGCGCUGUUUCACAUCAAUAUGUAUCCAAACCAGUGCAAACAGUGAGCUAUGCACCUGCUCCAAUUGCAAAAGUACCGACGCUUGCCGUUCCAGCAAUAGCUAAAGUGGCCACUUAUGCGACUCCUGCAGUAACACAAUAUUCAUCAGGCCAUGGCAUAUCAAGCGGCGCUAUUUCACAUCAGUAUGUUUCGAAACCCAUUCAACCAUUAACCUAUUCAGCUCCUGCUAUUGCAAAGGUUGCUACAGGGAUAUCAUCUGUAACUCCUAUUGUGGCCCAAUACCCAUCGGGCUCUGGUCUAACAUCGAUAAGUUCCGGCUUGCAAUCCAUCAAAUAUGGAAGCAGUGGAUCAAUUUCGCAGCAUGGUACCUAUGCCUCUGUCCCAGCCAUUCCAUCCAUUUCCUCAGGAGGAGCUAUAUCACAGCAGCAUGUAUCGACGCCUUUAACAUAUUCAGUUCCAUCGCUGACUAAAGUUGCUGCCGUGGCGCCUGUUGUAGCGCCUACUCUCACCCAAUACACUUCCGGGUCGGGCUUAACGUCUUUACAGUCAGGAUCACAGUCAGUGAAAUAUGCAAGUGGUGGUGCUGUAUCACAUCAGUACGUAUCCAAGCCAAUACAAACUGUGAGUUAUGCGUCAGCACCUGUAGCAAAAAUAGCGACAGUUGCUGCUCCUGCCAUUGCUAUACCUGCCGUUGCAAAAGUGGGAGUCUACGCCGCACCUGCUACUACGCAAUAUUCUUCAGGUCUCGGAAUCUCUAGUGGAGCUAUUUCUCAUCAACAUGUUUCUAAGCCCCUACAACCGCUGACAUAUGCAAGCCCAGCAAUAACUAAUGUUGCCGCCGUGGCACCUAUUGUAAGCCCAGCACUCACCCAAUACUCUUCGGGGUCAGGCUUAACGUCUGUACAUACGGGAUUACAGUCAGUGAAAUACGCAAGUGGAGGUGCAGUUUCACAUCAGUAUGUAUCCCAGCCUGUGAAAACUGUAGGUUAUGCGUCAGCACCUGUGGCGAAAGUAGCGGCAGUCGCUGCUCCCGCCAUUGCUAUACCUGCCGUAGGAAAGGUUGGAGUCUACAGCGCACCUGCUAUCACGCAAUAUUCAUCCGGUCUCGGUAUAACAAGCGGAGCAGCGGAGCCCUUGACUUAUGCGUCCCCAGCAAUAACUAAAGUCGCCGCCGCAGCGCCUUUAGUAACGCCUGCUCUUACCCAAUAUUCUUCAGGCUUAGGUGCACAGUCCGUCAAAUAUGCAAGUGGUGGCGCAGUUUCUCACCAGUACGUAUCGAAACCUGUCGUAAGUUAUGGAUCAGCACCUGUGGCAAAAGUAGCAGCAGUUGCUGUUCCCUCCGUUGCAAAGGUAGGCGUUUACGCUUCACCUGCAAUUACCCAAUAUUCUUCUGGAUUAGGAGUUUCACAAGCCGGCUACAGCUACGGCACGGCUCCGGCAGCUGCAACCAUACAACUUGCCAGUCCGUCUAUUAAAUCGAUACAGUCGGGUUCACAAUCUCUAAGCUACGCUAGUGGAGGCGCUAUUUCACACCAACAAGUUUCAAAGCCGGCACAAUCUCUGCUGUUCGCCACACAAGCUGCAACAUUGACAACCCCAGCUAAAGGUUAUCUCGCGCCUGCACUUGGUAUAACAAAAACGUCAGCAUAUCCAGCUCCAGGCCUAACCUCUAUCCAAUCAAGUACUGGCUUUGCAAAAUAUGGCUCCAGCGGCUCAUUUUCACAACAAUACGUCUCCAGACAACCCAUACUACAAUCGGGGUCCAGCGUCACGAUAAGCAACGUUAACGCAUACACAGCACCCGCCGCCGCGACAGUGGUAACUAGUCCUGCGAUAGCUAAAGUAGCAACUUAUGCCGCACCUGCCUUAACAUCAACGGUCCAUACAAGUACUGGCUUAGGUGGAUUAUCCACGAGUGGUGCGAUAUCCACUCAAUACUCCGGUAUAUCUUCCAAAACAGGUAUAGCUGGACUAACCCUAACUUCACCGGGCAGUUUAGGUUUGGGUAAAUAUUUAUCCAAUGGCGCGAUCCUACAACAGCAGCAAAUUCCAAUCGCAACCAGUUUGGCACAACCGCUUUCUGGCAAAUCUAGCUACAGUUAUUCCGCUUCAACACCGCUUAGCUCAAUUGGCUAUUCCCCCGCUCCCAUUGCGCAUGGUUCAUACUAUGGAGCGAUCGCUUUAGGACACAGCGGUCUAUCACCAAUUUUGAAACUAGAUGGUUCGGGACAAAGUGCUUUGCAUGGACUCGGGGGUAAUUUAGGUAUUUCAACAUUGAAAUUAGGAACCCAACCAGCCUUGCCACUUUUAAAGAGUCAAGGAGAAAUACUUAGUGGCUAUUCACAUGGAAUUGGCGGCAUUGGACCGUUGGGCGGUGGACUCUACAGAUAUGCGCCAUCAGUAUCGCCCCUACUGACACAGAGUGCCAGUCCCACAGCGUACCUAAAAGCCCAACCGGCACUUAAAAUACAACCAGCUGUUAUUAAAACGAUUCCAGAAAAGCACUACGAACAUUAUAGUGAUCAUGCAAGAUACGCCUUCGAGUAUGGUGUCAACGAUCCUUAUACCGGCGAUAUCAAACAUCAAAAGGAAGAGCGUGACGGUGAUGUUGUAAAAGGUGAAUACUCUCUGGUGGAACCCGAUGGCAAUGUGCGUACAGUCAAAUACUAUGCUGAUUGGGAGACUGGAUUCCAUGCUGAAGUCAUUAAUAGUCGAGAUUCCGGAAAAUUAGUCACAAAACGGAGUUCACCGAAAUCGUGAAUAAUUGUUAAGAUAAAUGAAUGAAAUUUAGUUAAAUACACUCAUCAUCAUUUUGUAUCAUCUUUUACGUAUUUGUAGUUAGUUUAAAGGAAAUAUGAAAGGACUUUACAACGCAUAGCAUUUACAUAUUCAUUACAUAUGUACAUAUGUAUAUAAAACCAGAUAUUUAUCGUCAUUUUAUACUUUUCCCUUUAGUCGUGUUAUGUAAUCCGAAAACCCCAAACAAGUUUGGUCCAAGACCUUAUGACAUAACUUGCCACCAUUUUUGUUUUGUUUGUUAAAAAAAAGUGAAAAUCGAAAGCGCCUUUCAUUAAAGUGUUUCUAUUUUAGUUAUGCACAUAUCUUUGUAUGUAUGAAUAGCGUGGCAUUAUCCCAGCAGUUAGAGAUAUACUCUAUAUUACAUAUGCAUGUAAAUAUUUUUAAAAUAAUUAUCUUUCAUACGAUAUUGACGAAUCGCGACUUUUCACAAAUAAAUCAAGACCCUCCAUUUUUCAGCUGAUAAAGAUCGUUGUAAAUAAUAAAAUAAAUACGUAUAAGUUAGAA